AUGGCUCUCCCCGCUACUCAGAAAGCUAUCGUCAUCCAGGGCCCUGGAGUGGCCAAGCUUGUGGCUGACCGACCCAUCCCCAAGCUUCGCGACGACUACAUCCUCGUCAAAACCGUGGCGGUUGGCCUGAACCCCACGGACUGGAAGCACGUCGAUUUCAUCAUCAAGGAGGCGGGUCCCCUACUCGGGUGCGACUACGCCGGCGUUGUCGAAGCUGUCGGGCCCAAAGUCACAAAGCCGUUGAAGAAGGGCGACCGGGUCUGCGGCUUCGUCCACGGCGCCAAUUUCGCUCAGCACGAAGACGGCACCUUUGCCGAGUACAUUGUCGCCAAGGGAGACAUCCAGAUCAAGAUCCCCGACAGCCUCAGCUUCGAAGACGCGGCAACCCUGGGCGUGAGUGUCACGGCCGUCGGGCAGAGCUUGUACCAAAAGCUCGGUCUGAAGCUCCCGUCCGAGCCCGUCACGGACGCCACCCCGAUCUUGAUCUACGGAGGAAGCACCGCGUCGGGUAUGCUCGCCAUCCAGUACGCCAAGCUGUCCGGGUACAAGGUCAUCACCACUUGCUCGCCGCGACACAACGACCUGGUCAGGUCUCUGGGCGCCGACGCCGUCUUUGACUACAGGGACCCCGAGUGCGCGGCCAAGAUGCGCGCCUACACGGACGACUCGCUCGCCCUUGUCUUUGACCCAGUCUCCUUGCCGGCCUCGGCCGAGAUUUGCGAGGCGGCAUUGGCAUCUCGCCCUCCCCCGGGGGCCACGCUGAGAUACCAGUCGCUCCUUGCCUUUGCCACCUCGCGCAGCGACGUCACGUACACGCAGUCUGUGACUUACACCGCCAUCGGGGAGGAGCUCAUCUUCCCCGCGCUGUCCAUGCCCGCGAGCGAAGAAGACUACCGGUUCGCCGUCGAGUUUUGGGAGUUGACGCGGGGGCUGCUCGAGGCCGGAAAGCUCAAGACGGCGCCUGUGCAGCUGGGUCAGGGCCUGGAGGGCGUGCUGGACGGCUUGCAGGCCAUGAGGGAAAAGAAGGUCAGCGGCAAGAAGCUGGUCAAUAAGCUCUAG